UCUCUCUCUCUCUAAGAACAAUUAUUAUUCUGAUAUAGAUAUAUAUAUAUGUAUAUGUAUAUAAUCUUUUCUCUCCCUGUUUGGAGGUUAUUGCCGGACGUGACCACACACCACACCAGACGUUGCUGCUUUCUGAAGAGAGAGAGAGAGGAGGAGAGAGUGAUGGCGAUGGUUUGGCAACACAAUCUGAGCACUAAUUGAGACCCAUAUACACGUUCAUAUACAUAACAAUAAAUACAUACGAUGUCUCCUAUUCUGCUUCAGAUUUGAACUCCACUAUCUUCUUCUUCUUCUUCCUCCUCUUCCUCUUCCUCAGGACUCUAAGUUUCACCAGUAAUAAUUUGCAAGUGGAAUUUAGUGCUGUUCUCUUGUCUGGCACAUUAAAGAAGCCUAAUGGGUUCCAGAUUCCCUUCUCAUAAGCUUAGCAGUGGCCUCUAUGUGUCAGGCCGGCCUGAGCAGCCAAAAGAAAGGGCUCCAACAAUGAGCUCAACGGCCAUGCCCUACACUGGCGGAGAUAUUAAGAAGUCGGGAGAGCUUGGGAAAAUGUUUGAUAUCCCUAUGGAUGGCUCUAAGUCCAGGAAAUCUGGACCUUUAACUAAUGCUCCUUCAAGGACUGGAUCAUUUGCAGGCACAGCUUCUCAUUCAGGACCAAUCAUGCCUAAUGCUGCAGGUAGGGCUAGCUAUUCCACUUCAGGUCCUGUAACAUCUGCUGGGAUUCCCGGUUCAGCUUCGGUCAAGAAGUCAACUUCUGGACCACUGAAUAAACAUGGGGAACCUGUAAAGAAAUCAUCUGGUCCUCAGUCUGGUGGAGUGACACCAAGUGGCCGCCAAAAUUCAGGUCCUCUACCACCAGUUCUCCCGGCAACUGGUCUUAUUACAUCUGGUCCCAUCUCUUCUGGCCCACUAAAUCCAUCUGGGGCACCACGUAAGGUUUCUGGUCCUCUGGAUUCAAUGGGGUCGGUCAAAAUACAUGGAUCCUCUGUUGCUCACAAUCAGGCCGUGACAACUCUUAGCGGGGAUGAUGAUUAUUCCUUUAAAAGGAACCUCCCGAAGCCAAUCUUGUGGACAAUGAUUCUGCUUUUUGUGAUGGGAUUCAUUGCUGGUGGUUUCAUUCUUGGAGCAGUCCACAAUCCCAUUCUCCUCGUUGUUGUUGUGGUCUUAUUUGGCCUUGUUGCUGCAUUAUUCACUUGGAAUACUCUUUGGGGCAGAAGAGGUAUCAUAGGCUUCAUUGCUCGUUAUCCGGAUGCUGAGCUUAGAACAGCAAAAGAUGGUCAAUACGUGAAGGUUUCCGGGGUGGUGACGUGUGGAAACAUGCCCCUUGAGUCAUCUUUCCUAAAAGUUCCUAGAUGUGUCUAUACAUCUACAAGCUUAUAUGAGUAUCGAGGAUGGGAUUCAAAAGCUGCCAAUGCUACGCAUCGCCGUUUUACAUGGGGGCUUAGAUCAUCAGAUACUCGCGUGGUUGACUUCUACAUCUCCGAUUUCCAGUCUGGAUUGAGAGCGUUGGUUAAGACUGGCUAUGGUGCGAGGGUGACUCCUUAUGUGGAGGAAUCUGUUGCUGUUGAUGUCAACCCUUUGAAUAAAGAUUUAUCUCCAGUAUUUAUCAGGUGGUUGGGGGAGAGAAAUCUUUCAAGUGAUGAUCGAGUAAUGCGGUUGAAAGAAGGGUACAUCAAAGAAGGUAGCACAGUUAGUGUAAUGGGAGUUGUUCAGAGGAAUGACAAUGUGCUUAUGAUAGUCCCUCCGCCGGAGUCAUUUAGCACCGGAUGCCAAUGGUCUAAAUGUAUCCUUCCAACUAGCCUCGAGGGUAUUGUUUUGAGAUGCGAAGAUGCGUCAAAGACUGAUGUUAUACCAGUUUAAUAGCAUGUGUACCAUGAACUUUUUGGGUACUGCCCUUUGAAAAUUAGUUUGUUCUCUCCCUAUACAGAUGGUGGUGGUGGUGGUGGUGGUGGUGGUGGUGGUGAUGAGUGCCAAUUAACAUGUUUCUUAUGUAAUUUUGUGUAUAGUUAUUAGUGGCUCUUUUCACUAUUUUUGUUAGAGCUUGAAAUGUUUUGUGAGGGAUGGUUGGUUGAUCAUGUAGCUAUGGGGAUUUUACAUGUUUGAGCAGGUUGUGGUUAUGUUGAGAGGAAAAGAAAAAAAAAAUGCUGAUUUCUCAGGUAUAUUGUUUUCUAAUUAAAACUCAAAUCUUUUGGAAGUCUGAUUUACAGAUUUGUAUUAUAAUGUAUGUUGGCACAUUAUGUUGAACACCUUGUUUUGCUCCUUCAGAAAUAUUUCACUUUUGGGUGA